AUGAGGGACCAUGACCACAUCAUACUGCUGGGGGACACAAACUCGCGCCUGCACUGGCCCGGGAAGCUCGGGGGCAUGCCCCUGCAGCAGGCACGGCAGAAGGUCCAGGAGAAGCGCUUCGGUGAGCUCUUGGCGCUGGACCAGCUGAAUUUGAUGCGCAGGGACGGCAUGGCCUUCCAUCAGUUCGAGGAGAACCGGAUCUGCUUCCUGCCGUCCUACAAGUGGCACGCCGAAAGGGAUGCCUACGACAUGCGGACACAGAAGCAUGCCUAUGCGUAG